GGACCACCAGGGGCCCAGCCAUGAUGAAGGAGCUCAAGAGCAAAGCCUUCUGGAGGGCGGUUCUGGCCGAGCUGCUGGGCAUGACGCUCUUCAUAUUCCUCAGCAUAGGGGCGGCCAUAGGGAACCCCAACAACAGCAACCCCGACCAGGAGGUGAAGGUGUCGCUGGCCUUCGGGCUGUCCAUCGCCACCCUGGCGCAGAGCCUGGGCCACAUCAGCGGCGCCCACCUCAACCCCGCCGUUACCCUGGGACUGCUGGCCAGCUGCCAGAUCAGCCUUCUCAAGGCCGUCAUGUACAUCGCCGCGCAGAUGCUGGGGGCGGCGGUGGCCAGCGGCAUCGUCUACGGGGUCCGUCCGGAGAACGUCACGGCGCUGGGGGUCAACAGCUUAAAUAACAUCAGCUCGAGUCAGGGCAUAGGCGUGGAGCUCUUGGCCACCUUCCAGCUGGUCCUGUGUGUCCUUGCCGUGACAGAUAAAAGACGGCGUGAUGUCACAGGAUCCGCCCCACUAGCAAUUGGGCUCUCAGUGGCCCUGGGACACCUAACAGCCAUCAGCUUUACUGGGUGUGGAAUUAACCCUGCCCGGUCCUUCGGCCCAGCUGUCAUCAUGGGUGACUUUGAGAACCACUGGGUGUACUGGGUGGGGCCCAUGUGCGGAGGUGUGGCAGCAGCCCUGAUCUACGACUUCCUGCUCUACCCCAAAUACGACGACUUCCCUGAGCGCAUGAAGGUUCUGGUCAGUGGCCCAGAUGGUGACUACGACGUCAAUGGACCAGACGAUGUGCCAGCAGUCGAAAUGUCCUCGAAAUAAAAUUAACUGUAUCAAUCCGUGUACAGUUCUUUAGAGUUUUACCUGUCCAACUGUAAAGCCAUGGUCAUAUCUGUUCUGGACAUUUUCACCCUCUUAAAUGAAUACAGGUCAAGGUCAUCAAUUUUAGCUGUGCAGUGUUAUAAUUUUGAUUUUGCAAAUUCACUUGAUUUAUUAUUUUUGUUUGUUUUUUUGCCAAGUCACAAAUUAGUCAAAUGGAAAUUGCAUUUCUUGAGCGCGCACUUUGAUUUCUUCAGUACUUGAGAAAUGUUACAGGAUACUUCCCUUUAAGUACUCUUAAUUUCAGCAUUUAGGUAGAAUUGUACUUGCUUCUGGAAACAGAUGUGUUCCUUUUUGUAAAUGUAUAUGUAUGUGUAAUUUUUUUAAACUAUAUUUGUAUUAUUUGUUCACAACUGCAUUCUUUUCUGUCACUUUUUGAUAAUUAAAGUACCUUAUGGUA